CCUCUAGCUCCAGCUCUAUAAGAAAAUGUUUUUUUUUUUAGAAAACGCUGGAUUUACCAAUGAUUUGCGGCCAAUUUGGAUGUGCUAACUGUGCGGGCGAGCUAUUGAGAAUGCCGAUCGAGUGAGGCCAAGACACUAAACGGGCGGAGCGACUGCGCCGCGAUCGCCCCGCUUCAGCAAUUGUGUGUGUGUAUCAUGGACAAGCUACGAAACAACAACAAGGAGAAUGCACCCAUUGAGUACCCCUACCCGCAGCCACAGGCCCCCCGCCCCAUGCACGACUCCCCCUCCCCCGCCUCCACCACCCACCCCCUGGAAGCUGGCGAGGAUGUGGAGAGCAACAAGAGCACGCCCUACUUCACGCCCCUCGAGUUCCUGCAGACGUCCUUUGAGUUCCCCUCGCCCACAGCGGAGGGUGGGGUUCCAGGCAUUCCCGAGCAGGAGGAUCCAGAGGAGGAGGAGGCCUUCACUCCACGACAGUUCACCAUCGCCAGCCCCCACCCAGCGCCACCGCAUGUCCAUCAUCCACCCAGCUCGCAGAGUCCCACUUUAAGCCGCAAGUUCAAGCGGUUCUCGCUGUACGACCGCAGAUCCUGCUCGCCGCACAUCAGCAGCUCCACGGGCGAGGAGCGGGGCAGUGGGCGUGGCACCGACAAGGAGAACACCAUGCCCAAGGGCGAGUCGGACGAUCACGACCUGGAGAACAUCUUGUAUUUGUCAAAGAGCGAGCACAACUCACCCACCAUCCUGUUCAAGGAUGAAUCCUCUACGACGCCGGGACUGGAGGCCAGUCGCCUCAGCUACUCCCCGAAACUCCUGUCCUCCAUCAACAAUUUGAACGUUUCCGGUUCACCCCUGAACAUCAUAAACUCGGCUGGCUACAAGAACGGCAACUUCUUUCGCUUCCCGGAGAUCGAUCAUGUUGUGCAGGAUGCGCCCAUGGAUACCGGAGGGAUGGAGGAGGCAUCGCGCCGGGAUCGCAGCCCUGCAUUGGCCGAACCGCCGGAGCAGCAGCAGCAGAAGUCGGAGGGGCGAAAGAAUCGCAAGAAUAAGAACAAUCUCACCAUUCGCAUCAUGGACGUGCCCGUCAAGAACUCGGGCCAGGCCUCGCCGUUGCCCAAGCCCAAGACGCCGACCAUCAAGAGCACCAAGGAGAAGGCACGCUCGCUGGACUCGGCGGCCAAUGAGUCGGAGCUGUCGAUCGUGGUGCACAACAUAACCGAAUCUCAUUCUCAUGGCAGCUGCGAUGACAUGGAGUCGGGGCAGAGCAAGCCGUCGACGAGUGUUAUCCACCACCACCACCAUCUUCAACAGCCCGCUUCCGCUAUUCACUCAACGUCGCUCUCGCGACUGGAUAGCCACCUGAGCUUGGCCAACCAGCGGCGCACGCCGCGUAGGAAGUCACCCGGAAUCAACAACACUGACUGGCUAAUGUACCACCGCAAGCAGAACCCAUAUCAGGUGCCCUCGUCGCACUGCAGCUCUACGGCCCAAAGCUCCCUGGACUCGGACGCCAGUUUGACCCCCAGUUUGGGCGACUCCGAGCUAAAGUCCGCCUGCAGCGUGGACGGCGGCUCCAAGUUUGGAAUGGGCGCUAGCCUGGCGCCGAGAAGCGCCCACAAGCACAAUCAGCUACUGCACUCGUCCAGCACCAAUCUAAAGACGCUGCCCGAGUGCCUCACCCUCGUGGAGUUCUCCUCCUCCGGCGGUGGUCCCAAGGAAUCGCCCUUCAAGCAAAAGUCCAUGGAUCUACCGAUGCCGCCGCUGCAGGCCAAGGCCACGGUGUCCACAUCUUCGAUGAAUCUCCUCCAGCGGCGGGGAUCCAAUCACAGUUUAACGCUCAACCUGCACAGCUCUUGCGGCAACCUGAUGAACAGCGGACUCAGCCACUCCAACUACAGCCUGGGCUCAAUACUCAACUCCAAGUCCAGCUGUAAUUUGGAUGCGGGCACGGCUGGCCAAAACAGGUCGGACCAGCAGCCGCAAACACAUCUGUUGGCCGGCAGCCAGGGCAGUCGGCAGGGGUUGUUCCGGAGACGGGGAUCGAACCACAGCAUCACCCUUAAGACGGGACACACCACCACCUCGUGCGGGGAUCUUAACUCCAUGCAUCAGCUUCAACAGCAGCAGGCAAUGCUGAGCGCGGAGAAGUACAAUCGACUCAACAUGCGCACCAAUUCCACCGGCUCGGGAUCGGGUUCGGGAUCCAAUGUACCUACUCCAAAGAGAGGACUGCUAGAACGCCGCGGCUCCAAUCAGAGCCUCACCCUAAACAUGGGCAGCAUACUGGGAGGAGGAGCAAGUACAGAGAUUCAGGUGCAGGACAUGGGGCAGCCGAAGGUGACGGUCUGCAGUUGUGCUGCCGCCAACCAAGCUUCGCAUCAGCGCAAAUUCUUCAGCACCGAGAACUUAAACAGCAGCAAGGUUAACAACCAAAAGUUUUUUGGACAGGUGUGCUUUGGGUCCGCCUCGGACCUGCAACCCAAUCCGCAGCAGGAAUCGGCUAGCGCGGAUCAGGGCAUGGGGGCCACAUGCACCUGCGCCGGAACCGUGCGCAACAUUAUGACCCGACCUCUGUCGCCGCAGACGACCAGCGAGGAGUUUAAGAUCUACUUGGCCAGCAUUCAGAUGCUGCAGAGCGCCUCCAACCCGCUCAACCAGUUCGAUCUGAUUCGGCUGAACUACGUGUUCGAUCACAGCUACCAGACAAACAGGAACAUCAUCGAGCAGCCACCUGUGCUGGGCCCCAACGCACGGGACUUGGACACGCCCACUGAUCUGGUGCCACCAAGCUCCGAGGACAGUGAACUGCUCGCCUGCUACCAGACGGUGGUCAAGAGAAUUGUGCAAUCGAUACCGGAACUAGAGGAAACCGAGCAGAAGCGCAUCUUUCGGGAUCUGCACAAGGAGUUCUGGGACCUGCCGCUCAAUCACCAAGAGAAGCCGAUGGUCUUUGGCUCGCAGACAAAGAAUCGCUACAAGACGAUCUUGCCCAAUGAGCACUCGCGCGUGCUGCUCGAGACCGAGUCCAGCGAGCUGAUCACCCUGCAGGAGGAGGUGAAGCGCACCUGCUCCGUGACCGCCAGCGAGGACAUGCCCUACAUCAAUGCCAAUUAUAUCAAGGGACCCGACUACGUGUCCAAGUGUUAUGUGGCUACGCAGGGUCCGUUGCCCAAUACCAUCUUCGAGUUUUGGCUGAUGAUCUACCAGAACACCCAGCGCUACAUACGACGUUGCGUGGAUGGCGGGAGCAGCAGCAGUCCGCACAUGGACCGAGCGCAGAUCCUGCAGCAGUACUUCCAAAAGAUUGUCAUGCUCACCAACUUCACGGAGGCGAAUCGCCAAAAGUGCGCUGUCUAUUUUCCCAUCGAGCUGAAUGAGAUCUUUGCGGUGGCCGCCAAGUGCGAGGUGUUUCAGCUGAGUGCGGCUGCCCGGAACUAUUUUGAUCGGUACUUGACGCCCACCUUUGUGCCGGACACUGUGGUGGCCUCCUCGGAGGCGAUCGACUAUGAGUUAAGUGGCCGGCACAUUGGCGUGGAGUCGGUGAAGGUGACGCUGGAAGGAGAUCUGCUGGAGGCUCUGCCCGCCCAGGGAAGUUUUAUCUUGAUCAAGAACGUCGGUAUUGUGCGAAGGAAUGGCUACUCGGUAAGGAAGCUGGUGCUGCUCUACUGCAUCCGUGUGCCGCAGAGUGCCAGCUACCAUCUGCAGAAGAUCUACUGCUACCACUACUGGUAUCCGGACUGGCCGGAUCACCACUCGCCGCGGGACAUCAACACGCUGCUGGACACCUGCUUGCAUGUACUCAACCUAGGAAAGUGUGAGUCGGAGUUCGACAACUACGAUGAGAAUAGAACCGAGAGGAACGCCCACCUGGGGGCACAGCGGUUGGAGAUCUACCAGCAGGACAUAUUUAAUGCUGUUCAGCCGCUACCCGUGAUCCACUGCUCGGCCGGAAUUGGGCGCACUGGCUGCUUCACGGCCAUCCUGAAUGCUGUGCGUCAGUUGCGCCAAUCGUUGGCCUACUCGCUGACGGGAAUGCUCACCAAAUCACUGACCAGCAGCACAGAGGAGGAGUUCCAGAGCCCAACAGACAGCGACAGCAGCUUCACCUGCAACACCAUACGGCACAUCAGGCACAUCCUGAAUCACCAGGAGACGGAGGCGGUUGAGACGCCCCCAUCCUUCGACCGCCUGCCCAAGAUGCCGGACAUUUUCGUGGACGUGCUGGGCAUCGUAUGCAAUCUGCGUCUGCAGCGGGGCGGAAUGGUCCAGAACUCGGAGCAGUACGAGCUAAUCCAUCGGGCCAUUUGCCUCUAUUUGAAGCGCACUCUGGCGCUGAGGCGAUUUUAAAGAUGCGGAAACGCAAAUCAAACCAUUUUUGACGACGAACGAAAGGAGAUGAAGAACAAAACACCAAUUUACUAUUUGUAAUCACAAUUUUUGUGGCCCUUAGUUUAAUGAAGCAACCACGACGGACAAGUAAGAUGAAACCAUGGCUAAAAGAGUCUCGAAAAAGUUACAUAAGAUGGCAUUCUCCGAAUAGGAUGGACGAGAUGCUCUCGAUGUUUGCUAAAUAUUACUAUUACCACAUAUUCUAUAUAUAUAUAUAAAUGUUUAUUAAGUGUUGGAUGUAUGUGUGUUAAAUGUGUACAUAAGUGUAAAUGUUUCCGACUUUUGGUGUGAACUAUGCUUAAACUAAAGUUAAUUAACAAUUAUUAUACCUUACCUUACCUUACCAAAACCAUCCCUUACCAUAACGAAGCGCAUCUAUACAGAGCUCGAGACGUUAGGCCGCGUCCUCCGGUGAGUUGUGCAUCCUGCUUGGUGGCGGAGAAAGCUCAAACCUUUUUCAAGUCGGUCCCCUUCCCGGGGUCCUUCUGACUAAACACCAAUUUCCCCAAUCCCAAGCGGACAGCUCGACCGCCGGACGCUGGCCAAAUUACGGACAAGAGUUCAUUUAAAACACAUGAGAAAAUCUCGAAAAGAAAAAUGGAAACCCAUAAAUGAACUUGUAUUAACGUUUAUGCAAUGGAACUAGUCAAAUAAAAAUUAGAAACAUUUUAAAUGUAACUUUAAUGUGCAAAAUCGACAGUGUUGUUAUUAUAGUCUAUGAGGUCACUGGGCAAUUGUUUUUUAAAUUGUUUCAUAUAAAUAUCAACUUUUAGAUACUUUUAAUUAUGAUUUGGUUGAUUUUCACAUUGAAUAGUUCAUUUUCUUAGUUAAUUUAAUUUAUUUAAGUUUACAUUUUAAUUCCAAUUUAGACCCGAUUUUGCAAUGUC